AUGUUCUGUUCAGCCACGGGAUUUAUCGGAACACCAAUCACUGAUAUUUCUCGAUUUACAGCGGAUAAGCUUAUUCCGGAUUCGUCCUCCUCGCGUAUAAAAAUCACAUUUUCUGCAAAUACGUCGCAAGCACUCCAAUGGAAAUUUGUUCCAGAACAGCGUGAAGUACAUGUACUUCCUGGAGAAACGGCUCUGGCGUUCUAUAAAGCAAAGAAUAUGUCACAGGAAGAUAUUAUUGGAAUAGCUACAUAUAACGUAACACCUGACAGAGCGGGGCAAUAUUUCAACAAGAUACAAUGCUUUUGUUUUGAAGAGCAGAAGUUGAAAGCUGGCGAGGAAGUUGAUAUGCCCGUGUUUUUCUUUCUAGACCCUGAGAUUGCAAAGGAUCCGUUUACAAAAAAUAUCAGGACCGUUACUUUAUCUUAUACGUUCUUCAAGGCACGAUAUAAUAGUAAAGGGUCUCUUGUGCCGAUUCCCGUAAAAUAA